GUUGGCUAUCCAUUGAUUCAUAGGAAAAGUCACAUGUGAUUUCCAUCAUCCCUGGAAUGAAGCCUAUAUAUACCCCUCGCUAGUGCUCUUGACUGCAUGAAUCAACGGUUGCCCCAAGGGAAGUAGUGAACCUCUAUUUCAAUACAUAUUAUCUUGAACGGUCUCUGUUCCUCAUCAUCACGAUGCCGUCGGAUGGUCUCAGACCCCGUGGGCUUUAUUUCAUGUUGUUUAUCCGAGACUCCCCACCACCACCGAACGAUUUUCACUGGGCACUAUAUUUCCAUCACGACUCUGGAAAUACCGGUAUGAAAUAUCACAUUAAAGGAGAAGGCGGGGGUUGGAUUGCCAGUCAUGAACAUACUGCAGGAGUCCUCAAGUCUUUUCUCCUAGUAGGGCUGCUCAGGAUUGCUGACGUGCCUGUUGGCUCGGAAAUUUAUCUUGAUCAAGCCUUCAGAACAUAUGAUAAUCAGCUCAACGACCUACCUAGUAUUACCUGUCGUGUUUGGGCAUUCUGGGUUUUGGAACUACUGAAAAAGUCUGUGAAGGGACAGAGGAUCCUGAACUGCAACGAUCUACAGGCGCUCGAAGAGGAGGUUAAGAACAGGGGGAAUUCCCAUGCGAUGAGUGCUGAUAGGAAUCAACAACCGAGGCCGGUGGCAGACUCUGCCCUGUGUGGUCUGUGAUUCAAUCUCCGAUCGCUAUGAUGUAGAUGGACAUAUUCUGCAAGUUUGUGCCACAUAUUAGACUAAACCAUGUGCGCACAGUCCCCAGACACCCUGGAAGCUCUGGUGGAAUGGAUCGUCUAUACUCAUCGCUAAGCGUUGUAUGUAAUUAUCAGA